GCCAUAUUCUCUUUAAUUACACCACAAUAAUCACAGGUUUAAUUUCUUCAACAGCGUGAUGGACGAGGAAAGAAGGAAAAGAACCAAGAGAACUACAUUGGAUCAACUUGAAGAGGGAAGAGUUUUCCCGCCAGUGUUGGAAACUAUAGAAAGUGCGGGCGAUGAGGAAGACGCCGAGACGUGUUCUUCUAGCUCUGGUGAAGAGUUUGAAUAUAGCGAUGAUGAAUUUUUAUAUGGUUCUAUAAAUUCUGGAAUAGAUUACUGGGAGGAUGAUAGUUAUUAUUCAGAUGGGGAAAUUGAAGAAGAUGAUGUUGAUCCUGACCAAUUAUCUUAUGAGGAGCUGAUUGCUCUUGGAGAGAUGGUGGGAGUAGAGAACAAAGGAUUAUCAGAAGAUGAAAUUACUAAAUAUUUACGUCCACUUACAUGCAACUCUACCUCCAAUUUAAUUAUUGACAGGUGCGUGAUAUGUCAAGUGGAGUAUGAAGUUGGGGAGAAUCUAGUUAGCCUACAGUGUGAUCAUCUUUACCACAGUGAAUGUAUAUCCAAAUGGCUUCAAAUUAACAAGAUUUGCCCGAUUUGUAACAACGAGGUCUCUACUGCAACUUCCUCGAACGAAAAGAGCAGUGUAUAGUUAUGAUAAUUUAUGUAGUGAACUAUUUAUAACUUGGUAACUAGAUGAUUUCAUAGAAGUAUUUAAAUUUCUUUCA